GUCGCAGCUCAAUAGGUAUAAAACGGGCUCAUCGCGCGUCUAAGCCCAUUCAGCGGUACAACAGUUUAUUACUACCUUCCCAAACCCCAUCACUUUCCUUUCCCCCCCAGAUCCCGAUAGUCUGGUCCAAACCAUCCAAAAAAAAUCAUAUUCUGUAUACGCUCUUAUUGAGUAAUCAUGCGCUUCACGAUCCCCAUCGCUCUUCUUGCGUCCGUAUCGGCAGCACUACCUGCCCCCGCCGCAACAUCUUCGGGCGAAUCCACCCCGCCGGCAGCGGCCCCAGCAUCCACCAUCCUCAAGGCCCUAGCCGGCACCUACGCCCUCGUCAACACCUCCAGCACCCUAAACAAUGAACCCAUCCCCGACGCCACCUACGGCACCGCCCCCGUCGGCAACCUCAUCUACACAGCCUCUGGCUUCAUGAGCGCCACCAUCACCGCUACGGAAAAAGAAUUCCGACCACCAGUCUCGUUUCCCUUCCGCGCCAACGAGACCGACGCCGAUUGGGCGUUGGUGGGCAAGCACAGCAUUGGGUAUUCGGGCCCGUUCAGGAUUAAUACGGAGCUCCCCGCGACGGAGACCGAUGGACAGUUGUUCCAUGGGCCGUUGACGGUCGCGAAUGUGCCGACCAUGGUGGGGCAGGAGCAUAGGAGGAAUUAUACGGUUGUGGAGCGUGAGGAGGAGGGCAAGGUGGUCAAGUAUUUGAAGAUUGGGAGUGAGAGGGGAGGUGGAUUCCGUGGUGUGCUUUGGUGGAGGCGAUUGGAUUAGACAAGAUGUGUUGUUGUGGGGUUUAACAGUCUUUUUUUUGUAGCGCCUUUUGCUUUUGCUCUUUUUCUUUCUCUUUCAAACUGUAUAUGUAUGCGUGGUAAAGCGAUUGGGCUUUAGAGGCAUAGAGACGGUGUUUUCGUCUAUCAUGGAACUCGAUGUUAUGAAAUGAAAUGCACGUCAUCACCUUCAUGUUUCGUUUCCUUUUGAGUGCGCGGUUUCUUUUUCGUUUUCUUUUCUUUGGCCUCUCUUUCUUCUCGGGGUCGGUUUUUCUCGGACAUGGAUGCGAAUAGCCGCGCCUACAUGGUUCUCCUGGCUAGUAGACUUAGGUGCUGCAAUCCCCGUCU